UUAACAUCUAUAAAUCACUAAAAACGUGUUUGAAUCUUCCAUCAAUCAUAAGAGAAUCGAAGAUGAGGAGCAAACUGGGUGGGUUCAACUCGAUGCGGACGCGUGUUCAAGUCCGUUCGCCAUCACCGCGCCACAAGAAGUCUUAUAGUUUGGGCCGGUUGAAUGAUGGUGUCAAGACAGUUGCUUUUUCGGGCAGCGAAAACAGCAGCGGAGAGCUGAAUUUCGAUAUCAGCCGUGAGAUGUCCAAGGAAGAAACCGCGACAAGCGACGACGGGUUGGGGAAUAAGGUGAUGGUGGUGGUUGAUUCAAGUAACGAAUCGAAAGGUGCACUUCAGUGGGCUCUUGAUCAUACUGUUCAAAAUCAAGAUACCAUGAUUCUCCUUCAUGUUGCUGGUGCUUCAAAACUAGGUUGUAAAUCAAGUGGGGGAGUUAACCAAAGAAUGUAUGAACGUCUCUACUCCAUGAAGAAAAAUAUUCAAAUCAAGAGGCCCGAGGUGAAAGUUGAGAUAGAAGCAAGACAAGGAAAGGAAAGGGGUCCAACGAUAGUCGAAGCCGCGAAGCAAGAAAGAGCUUCAUUGUUGGUUUUGGGUCAGCGAAAGCAGUCGAUGAUAAGGAGAAUCCGAACAAUGUGGGCAGGGAAGAGAAGCCAAAGCCGAGCAGUGGAUUAUUGCAUUCAAAAUGCUAAUUGUAUGACGAUCGCAGUGAGGAGAAAGAACAAACGACAUGGUGGUUAUCUCAUAACAACAAAGAGACACAAGAACUUUUGGCUUUUGGCUUAAUCAUGUGUUGAGUUCAUAUCAAUAUGAACAUUUGUGAGCCUUUCGAGUUCGAAUUUCAUAGCAAAAUGAAAAUGGAAACUUUUGAUUGAAACGGCAAAAGAAUUACAGAAAAAAAAAAAAUCAAGUGCAUAAGAGUUAAAUGACUCGUAUUGCACUUUUUUCAGUUUGAAUAUGUAGGUUUGGUACUUUGUAAUGUUUUGGAUCGUCUAUUCUGAACCUUGCCAUCACUAUCAGAUUGGAUUGAAGUAUUUUGAUAGAUGUUUCGAAACCUUGCCAAGUAUGUAUUAAUCAAUGGUGAAGUCAGUUAGCAAAAUAGACCAAUAAAUAUCCGUUUUAUA